AUGGGCAAGAAGAACAGAGGCCACCCCGACAUUGAGGAGGUCCUCGCCCGUCCGUGGUGCUACUACUGCGAACGCGACUUCGAAGAUCUCAAACUCCUAAUCUCCCAUCAGAAAGCAAAGCAUUUCAAAUGCGAUCGCUGCGGACGCCGCCUCAACACCGCUGGUGGUCUGUCCGUUCACUUGAACCAAGUGCACAAAGAGACGUUAACACAGGUCGAAAAUGCGUUGCCCAACCGCCAGGGCCUAGAGGUGGAGAUCUUUGGUAUGGAGGGUGUGCCUGCCGACGCACUCGAGCAACACCGCGCCAGACUGCUGCAGAAUUACUAUGCCGCACAAGAAAGACGGCGCGUGGAGACGGGAAACCCGAUCGGUGGCCAGGGUGGCGUGCGCAAGCGCAAAGAGAUUGUAAUUGAGAGUGAGGACGAGCUGCUGCGCAGAUUCGAACAGUGGCGGGACCUCAAGAGGCGAGGCGAGCUGCCGCCUCCGACAGAGGUCGUCCAGGAUGCACCGGGCGACGAUAUCGAUCAGCUUAUCCGCAUGGCUGAGGCUGGAGUCAGACCACCUGUUCCCGCAGCGGUUCCCAUCUCGAUGCCUCUGCACGCAGCGCCUGUACCUGUACCAGUAGCCCCGGUCGAUAAGAAGGAUAAGAGCGGCGGCAAGUGCUUGGUAUACGAUGAUAAUAAGCAUAGCCCGGAAGAAUGGAUGGCCAAGCUACCGCGGUACAGGUACACAGCGACAGCAUAA